AUGCCUCCAGAACGGACUAAUGUGCCGGUGAAGUUGUCCCUGCCACUGCAAUACCAGCAGGAGCUCUUCACCGAACUACGCGCCGAAGAUGAGCUAGUCGUGCUCGCACGCGGCCUCGGGCUACUACAUCUAAUAACCAAUCUACUUCAUUUCUACGAUGCGGCUGGGAACAAUUUGGUCUUGGUGGUUGGGGCGGAUGAACGUGAGAAUGAGUGGAUCGGAGAGGCACUGGCGGAGCAUUAUGCUACUAGCAAGUCACCUCUUGCUAGGGGAUUGAAGGUCAUCAAUACUGAGAAGGCUACGGUGCCGAUGAGGGAGAGAAUCUAUGGUGAAGGGGGUAUUCUGAGUGUAACAUCCAGAAUAUUGGUCGUGGAUUUGCUCUCAAAGCUGCUUGAUCCUGAAAAGGUCACUGGUAUGAUCAUCUUGCAUGCAGAUAAGGUUGUGGCAACGUCGCUCGAGGCGUUCAUUGUCCGUGUCUAUCGGCAAUCGAACAAGCGUGGCUUCCUGAAAGCAUUCUCGGAUUCCCCAGAGCCAUUUACGACAGGCUUUGCGCCCCUAGCCAAGAUGCUGCAGAAUCUCUUCCUUCGCAAAGCAUCACUAUGGCCUCGUUUCCACGUGUCCGUAGCGGAGUCACUGGAAGGAAAUCGAAAGGCAGAAGUGAUCGAGUUGGAAGUUCCGAUGAGCGACAAGAUGAGAGAAAUACAGAAUGCUGUCCUCGAAUGCGUGGAGAUUAGCAUCACUGAACUGAGGAAAAGCAACACAGGACUAGAUAUGGAAGAGUGGACUUUGGACAGUGCCUUGCAUCGGAAUUUCGACAUUAUCAUCCGGCGUCAACUGGACCCAAUCUGGCAUCGUGUCAGCUUCAGGACAAGGCAAAUCGUCAGCGACCUUACAGAUCUUCGAGCAAUUCUUCACGCUUUGCUUACUUACGAUGCUGUAUCUUUCGUGAAAUACCUCGAUACUAUUGUGGCUGCACAUUCUCCGCCUCCCGGCUCUAACAAGCACAAUUACUCUCCUUGGCUCUUCCUUGAUGCAGCCCAUGUCCUUUUCCAAACAGCCAAGUCGCGGGUCUAUGAAGGAAAGCUUAACAAUGAGCUCACUCGCCCCAACUCAUACUCGACAAACUUCUCUUCUGAAUUAAAACCAGCUCUUGAGGAACUUCCAAAGUGGAAUGUCCUAUCGGAUGUUCUUGGGGAAAUUGAGCACGAUGCUUACCUCCAUCCUCAGAGUAUGGACCAAUCAAAUAGCACUAUAUUGAUAAUGUGCAACGAUCAACGAAUAUGUCGCCAGCUUCGUGAGUACAUUGGCACAAUGCAUGCCAAGAUUGCCCAUUCCGAUUCCAAAGAAGACGAUGAUCCAGAUGAGAAGCCCUCUGCAGAAGUCAUGAUGCGCCGCCGACUACGCGACUAUCUUAACUGGAAGCGAUCGUUGUCAAAUGUAAACAGAAACUUGUCACAAGCAGGAGAAGACGAUAGGACCGGAAAGUCUUCCGAGUCACCCGCGGCCCAGAGCGCGCCUCAAGGGCGACCUCCUCCAAACAAACGUCGUCGAGUGCGUGGCGGUGGUGCGGUUACUUCUGCCUCAGGACGUGUCCCAAAUAGCAGUGUUCAAACCGAAGUCGAAUUGCCUGGUCAGGUCGUCAGCUUGCUCAGUGAAAUUCAACCCACUGAAGUUGAGGAAACACAAAAGGAGGAAAUCAUCAUCGAUGAAUUGGAAGAUAUGGAAGAUUUCUACGAAUUGUACGAUAUGAAUGAUCUGGUUAUGAUCCACCCUUAUGACGGUGACAUGGAUGAGCACAUACUCGAAGAAGCGCGUCCGCGAUACAUCAUCAUGUAUGAACCGGAUGCAGCCUUUAUUCGAAGGGUGGAGGUCUAUCGCAGCUCUCACUCGGGGCGUAAUGUGAAAGUGUACUUCAUGUAUUACGGUGGCUCGGUCGAGGAGCAGCGGUAUCUGAGUGCCGUCAGGCGAGAGAAGGAUUCAUUCACCAAAUUGAUCAAGGAGAAGGGGAACAUGGCAGUUACUUUAACGCACGAUAAAAAGGCCGAAGACCCACAAGAGCAGUUCCUUAGAACAGUGAACACUCGUAUUGCUGGAGGAGGGCGACUGGCUGCUACCGCAUCUCCUCCACGGGUAGUAGUUGAUGUGCGAGAAUUUCGAAGUGCGCUCCCAUCGUUGUUGCAUGGCAACAAUAUGAUAGUGAUCCCCUGUCAGCUCACCGUGGGCGACUACAUUCUCACCCCGGACAUUUGCGUCGAGCGAAAGUCGAUCCGCGAUCUGAUCACUUCUCUCAAAAACGGCCGUCUUUACAACCAGGCUGAAACUAUGCUCCAACAUUACAAGGACCCAUUACUUCUGAUCGAGUUCGACCAGAACAAAUCCUUCACAUUUGAUGCCUUUGCCUCCAUUCCGACUGGUGCCACCUUCUUGACAGACUAUGGCUUCUCAUCCUCCGGCACUGCGACCACCACGAGUAGCAGCUCGCUUGCCAAUCCUUCCAAUCCCAAGUCCGCCCAGCAUCUACUCGUUCUUCUUACCCUUGCCUUCCCGCGACUGAAGAUCAUUUGGUCUUCGUCCCCCUACCAGACGGCCGAGAUCUUUGCGGAGCUCAAAAAGAACGGCCACGAGCCAGAUCCCCUUCGUGCAGUUCAGCUUGGCCUUGAUUUUGAUGUCUCUAACUCUGGCUCUGGUGAUGUCAUGGCAGCUGCUGGUAUUGAACACCGUACCUUCAACCUCCUUCCACAGGAUCUACUACGAGCUGUGCCGGGUGUCACACCCCAGGCCCUCGAGCGACUGAUCAUCAAAACGGACAACAUCAGCGAAAUCGCCAAUAUGAGUGCAGAACAGCUAGAUCCCUUGGUUGGUAAAGAAGCCGCCCGAAAGAUCGUCGCCUUCUUUCGCAAGAGUGUAUUUGAUUAA